AUGGCUCCAAUUCGUCGCGUAGCCGUUGCGCAGUGGUACAUCAAGGAACUAGCCAUCGACGAGAACCACGCGAAAGCAUGCCAAUUCAUCCGCGAAGCAGCCGCGCAAGGCGCUAAACUUGUCGUUUUGCCGGAAUAUCAUCUGAACGGCUUCACCCCGUCUAACCCCCUCUACAUCCACCAAACAACAACCUACAAAUCCUACCUCCAAACCUACCAAUCCCUCGCCCGCGACCUCUCCAUCUCCCUCGUCCCCGGCACAAUCGUCGAAAACCACACCCCAACCUCUGCCCAAGACCCAGAUUCAAACGAAAAACCUCUCCUCUACAACACCGCCUACUUCAUCGCCCCCACCGGCGACAUCCUAGGCUCCUACCGGAAGAAGAAUAUCUGGCAUCCUGAGCGUGAGUAUUUGACUUCUUCGGGAGAGGAGCCGCAUGAGGUGAUUGAGACGCCCGUCGGGAAGGUCGGGUUGCUGGUUUGUUGGGAUGUGGCGUUUCCGGAGGCGUUUCGGGAGUUGAUUUUGAAGGGGGCGGAGAUUAUUAUUAUUCCGACGUUCUGGAGUCGGUAUGAUGCGUCCCCCGAGGCGCUGCAAUACAACCGUUCGUCUGAAGUGCUGUUUCUCGAGUCGACGCUUACGGCGCGGACUUUUGAGAACACUUGCGGGAUUAUCUUUGCGAAUGUUGCUGGGGGACCUGGGGAUCAGUAUUUUGGGCUAUCGAGGGUUGUCUUGCCGGUUGUGGGUGUUGUCGGGGAUAUGGGGAACAAGGAGGACGUGAUGGUUGUGGAUAUGGAUAUGGGGCUGGUAAGGAUUGCGGAGGAGAACUAUAAGGUUAGACAGGAUAUUAAGAAGGAGGGGUGGCAUUAUGUUUAUAGACAUAGUGCUGCGUGA